AGCUGAAUGUCGGUGCAUUCAGGUGCUGAGGCUGUCAUAUUCGUGCACCCAAAAUGUUUUGCAGAAACUAAAUCAAAUUAGAGUGUAUUUAUUUAUCACAGUGUGCACUCGGAGAUGCAGCAGUCUGUGGAGUCUCUCGUCCGACUGCUAGAGACAUACAGAGGAAGAGAUAAAGUCAUCAGGACGUUCUGUUAUGGCUCUCAGCUGGUCGGAGGAGCUCUUACCCGAAAAGCAACAGCAGCAGAUGUGUCAUCUCAGCGACUUGGGAAAAGUUUGCUUCUGUUUUCUGCUCAGCUCAGCCACUGCAGGACGGUGCUGAGGCUGUUUGAUGAUCUCUCCAUGCUGGCGUACUCCCACAGCUAUGGACUCGGUGCUUCGGAGGAGGAUGCAGGCGUUCGCUGGAUAUCGGUGCUUAUGAACGUGGCUGACCAGCUGUACUAUCCGUGUGAACAUAUUGCUUGGGCCGCAGACGCAGAGCUGAUCAAAGUGAGGUCUGAUAAGUGGUGGCUGUUCAGCGUAGCGCUGUGGGGAACCUCGUUGUUACUGGGGAUCCUCAGAUCGUUUCGAGUUCUGCUGUUGCUCAGGAAGAAGCUGAAGAAACACCACAGAGGCGAAGGAGGCAGCAGACGGUCUGACCUUCACAGACAGACACGAGCGGAGAUGCUCUCCAUCCUCAGCAGCAUGGCGGACCUCAGUAACGCCGUUCACUGGAUGCCGCCAGGCUUUCUGUGGGCAGGACGAUUCCCCAGCUGGCUGGUGGGCUUGAUGGGCACCACCUCCUCUCUAAUCGGUUUGAUUCAGAUGAAUACCAGCAGCAAUGAGCUGCCAGACAGCACAGCAUUGUCUUCACAAUCAGGAGGAGAUGCUAAUUAACUGGAUGAUGAACAGCUUCUUGAUUUGAUCAGAUAAUCUGUUUAGAGUAAUUUCUACUCCUGUCUCCAGUAGGUGAAUACAGAAAGUGUUAGCUACCUGAAAUGUUUUUGAAAUUAUGAGAGUAGUCUAUGUUUUAAAUAUAUUUGGAAAUUUUG